CAUGUUUAUUGAACAAUAACGGAUAUACAAACACAUGGCAACCCCCAUACACCUUCCUAACAUCUGUGCCUAUGAGGUUCCUUGCAACAGGGGACUCUUAUAGAACAAUAGCAUUCAGCUAUCGCGUGGGGCACUGCACAGUGGCACGGAUAGUGAAAGAUGUGUGUGAGGCGAUAUGGAGCUGCCUUCUGGAGACCUACAUGCCUGUGCCCAAGAGGGAAGACUGGCAGAGAAUUGCGGCAGAUUUCAGUACCCUGUGGGCAUUUCCAAAUUGCUUAGGUGCUAUUGAUGGGAAGCAUGUCAUUAUCCAAGCCCCACCUUGCAGUGGUUCCCUUUUUUUCAACUAUAAGGGGACUUUCUCAAUUGUUCUCCUUGCCGUGGUGGAUGCCCACUACCGUUUCAGAGUGGUUGAUGUUGGAGCAUAUGGGAGAAACAGUGAUGGAGGAACGCUGCAUGCCUCUGCAUUUGGUAGGGCCCUACGCCAGGGUACAUUAGACCUGCCUGAGGACACCCCUCUCCCUGGCACAGAGGAACUGGGCUCUGUCCCCCAUGUCUUUGUGGCAGAUGAGGCCUUCCCUCUGAGAAGAGACAUGAUGAGGCCCUAUGCUGGGCGAACAGAGGGAGAGAAGCGUGUAUUCAACUUCCGGCUUUCCCAUGCCAGGAGAAUGGUAGAGUGCUCCUUUGGCAUCAUGGCUGCUCAGUGGAGGCUGUAUCGGAGGGCUCUUUGUGUGUCUCCAGAGGUUGCUGAGAGCGUUGUUAAAGCAACAUGUAUGCUGCACAAUUUCAUGAGGUGGGAAAAUGGCGGAUCUGUGUCAGUGACUACACCAUCAGAAGAGCCUCUCCAUGGUGCCCAGGACAUCCAAAGGGUUGGAAGCAACAAUGCCACCAGAGAGGCCAUUGCUGUCAGGGAAACUUUAUCAAGAUAUUUUAUAUCGACAGGACAGGUGCCAUGGCAGAAUGGAAUCAUCUGAGGACCUCCCACCCAUCUAUCCUCCUCCAACCACAAACUUUAAGUCUCCCAAAUGUACCAUCAAUGUAAAAUUAAAUAAUAGUAACUGAAAUUAUUGUAGUGGUAGAAGUGGUAGUAGUAGUAGUUGUUGUUGUUGUAGUAGCAGCAGCAGCAGCAGCGGUGGUAGUAGUAGUAGUAGUUGUAGUAGUAGUUGUCAUAGUAGUAGUAGUAUGCAAAUCAAAUUUUUGUUUUUAAAUGAUGAAUAAAUGUUUUUAAUACCUUCAUCUUGUUAUUUUUUAUUUCAAAUAACAACUCAGAGCUUAAGGAGCCAUGAACAGAAAAAGUUUCAACAAAUGACUUGACCAGGCUGACAGUGGUCACUUAUUUAAUGAAUAUUCAUGUGUUGAACAGUUGAAUUGAUUAUUAAUUUGAAAAUAAAAUAAAACUGAUUGUUAAAACUGUAAGAAUUACAUAUUUACAGAUUAUGAUAUAUUGAGCUGAUUGUUAAAACUGUAAGAAUUACAUAUUUACAGACAAGUGAAAUGUUGAUUAAAUGUGUGUGUGUGUGUGUGUGUCAUCAGAAAAUUCAAUGUCAUAUAAGAAUUGCUGAAACUUAAUUCUAACAAGUGCUUUUUGUCUGUUGUCCAGCGUUUUCAUUGCUGGUGCAAGGCUUAAAAGAAAAUGUUCCUCCUCUCCCAUGUCUCUAUUCAAAGCAUCUAGCACGCUCUCUUGGAACACAGAGAGGGCUGCUGGUUGUGGUGGAGGUGGUGGUAGGGCUUUUCCCCGCUUUGCGCUCCUGUUGACCUCCCUGGAGGGGCCAGACCGGGCACUGUUCUCCCUCUGUGUUCCAGCAGGUGCAGCGGCGAUCUCUGGGGGUGGUGGAGAUGGUCCUGAAAUAGAGCACGGUGAGGUUGGGGCAGUACCCGGGGCAAAGCGGCUGACCUCAGUGAUUUGUGUUCUUUGUUGCUCCUCCUCCUCGCUGCUCCAACCUUGGGUCAUCUGUUUGAUAAAUUACUAUAAGAAAAAAAGCUACACAUCCACAAGUAACAUGCAGUUAUUCAACAAAUAUUAGAUAUUUUUUGCUAUGUAAACUAACAUGUGCAUAUUUCUGCUAUUAUGCUUAAUAAUAAAAACUUGUCUAUAUCACCUACAAUCCCUGAUUGCACUCAAUUGAUCGUAAUGAUGAUAACCUCAAGUAAAUCAUUACCUCUGUCAUAUUAAAUGAUGGAGACAUGGACAGCAGCACUCCACUAUUUCUGCCUGUGUGUCCUCCCUGAAGUUGGAGCUUGUCUCCCUAUCUUGGAUGGGAGGCUCUAAAAAAGCCAAUAUGUUCAUAAAUUUCCAUCGUUUUUUCUCCUGUCCACCUUCUGCCCCACUCUUCUUCUCUUUCUCUGCCUUUCUUUCCUUUCUAUACUUAUCCCUUAAAUAUUUCCACUUGGAAAUAUCCGCUCUCUCCUCAUUGGGAACAGUUGAAAAAAGACGCUGGCCGCCUUCUGGCACUCAGAAAAAGGCGCUAUAUGGACACAGGGCUUAAUGGAGGGAUAUCGGGUGGGAAACCUGCUAUCCUAUUCUUCUCUAAAUCUGAAUAUGUAUUUCUCAAAUAUUCUUCAACCUCUAGCCUUUCUGCUUUAAGCUGGCAUCCCUUUUCCUGGCUAAACAAUCCUUUAACAAACUUAAAAGGGUCCCUAAAAAACCUGUCCUUACUUGUUCCUUCUUCCUCCUCUUUUUCCUGAGAUGCUCUGCCCUUCUAAGAACUGCUAGCCUGCUUCUCAACUCCUCUUGCAACACCUUAAUUCCCUCCCUUUCUUCUUCUGUAGCCUUUUUCCACUGCUUUCUUAACUGUCUCCUUUCCUUGACUAACUUCUCUAUUUCUCUUUGCCGCCUAGACUUACCUGACUGUACCCUCUCACUCCUCUUUCUCUCAUGCACCCCAAACCUCUCUGCACCAUAUGAGUAAAUUACAUCUCCCAUCUUUUCUAUUACAUUUCCUCUAAGCCUAGUUAAAAUUACUGACAAAUCUCUAUUAACUAUCUCCCAUUAUUUACUGUCAUUUGCCCUACGCCAUCUAACUCUAACCUUUUGCUCCAUGGUUCUCUCUCUGACUGGCACACUGGCCUCAUUGUCAUCUGCAUCCUCUCUUACUACCCCCUCCUCCUCCUCCUCCUCAGUGGCAGUAUUACUGAUAUCCUGUGAACUGUGGUUUUCUACCUGUCGCUGGACUUCAUCCGACUGACUUCUUAGGAAGUACUGAUCAAUGCGGCUACUCUGCCCUUUCUUUGCCACACACUUCUUCUUUCCCUGAUGAGUUCUGAGGCCUUUUAUUGAUGUUACUUUCUGCCAGCUGCAAGGACAAACCUGAAGCAUCUUGUUCUCGACUGUGCUACUUUUGUCCUCUACAGAUGCGCUCGCCUCGCCCUGAGUGCUGCUAAUUCUAGCAAUGGUAGAUAGGUCCAUGCCCCUAUCCUUCACUGAAGAAAGAUGUGUUCGCUGUACUGCCAACAGGAUUUGGCAAAAGUUUAAUAUACCAAACAUAGACUUUAUUAGUCUCGCCACCAGACAAUCAGAGAUCUCCACCUUCUGAUAGUCUGGGGACACUCCUUUCUAAAGUGUGUUUAACACACCGGAGAAAACGGCCGGCAACAAAGCAAUGCCUCUUGCAUUUUUGAAAAGGACACGCCCUCCCGGAAAUGUGCGCUCCCCCUUUUCUCGUCCACAAGGAAACAAACACACAGAGGGCUUGAAAAUGGAUGCCGAGAGAUUUAACUCCGCUUUAUCAAACGU